UGAGAGGUACUUUUUUAAAUAGGAACUGCAGGUGGAGACUACAGUGUCUCCCAUUUUAUGGUAUCCACCGGUGUCCCCCAUAAUUUUGAUUUGAGAUUACAAUUUUACCCUUAAGCAUCCUGGCGGUUUACAAUCUCUAGUAGCUUGCUCCCAAAAAAUUUGUCUCCUUCCUCUGUAGUUUCUUCUUUCUUUCCUUCCCCCUUCACCCUAUCGCAAGAAAUCAGCAGAGGUGUGUCUUGUUCCGGCGGAAUCGAAGGUGGAGCCACCGAUCUGGGUGCCGGUGGCGUGAUCUAGAGUGAAGCCAUUGAAGGGACCCACCAGCUUCUAGCAACCCAUCACAAACCGCCGAUUGCCACGUCCUGAGGUGAGGCGUGAGGCGUCCGGAAUCGAUGGUCGUCAUUGACGUUCGAGAUCAAGAGCGUUUUACUCAAUAUUGUUGCUGUGUCGUGGACGAAAAAUGACCAGGCUUAAACAAGAACCAGACAACAUUGAAAAAUGAAAAGAAAAACCAGGUAGAAGCAGAACACAGAGCGAGACCUAGGAAGAAGCACGACCUCAACACUCGCCACCGACGACCACCGCGUCAACUCGAUGAUUGAUGAUCAGGAUCUGGGUUUCUUUGCCAAUUUUCUUGGCGUCUUCAUCUUUGUGUUGGUGAUUGCAUACCACUAUGUCAUGGCUGAUCCGAAGUUUGAAGGAAACUAGGAACUCUAUGCAGUUGGAAAAUGUAAUAUUUCAUGUUGUAGACUGAGAUGCUUUGCAAAUGGGAAUCGAUUUGAUACAAUUAUGAACUUGCGAUCGGCAAUGUGAAUGUUAGUUUACUGUUAAAACUUAUAAAUACAUCAAAGGAUCAUAAAGCUUCAAUUUUUGAUAUGCCCAUGUGUGCUUGCAUAAGCUGGCUGUGUUUUGCGGAAAUUUUGAAGCUAGGUGAUGUGCUACCAUAUUUUGGUGAAAAAAAAUGAAAAGAAAAACCCAGUCAUUGAGAAAACAGAUCUGGGUGCUUGGCACCAUCCAAAGCUGGUUGUAUUACUAAAUCUGAAUAUAGCAGAAUAAGGGGUGGGGUGAUGCCGUGAUGGUCAUGGAAGGUGGAAGAAGUCAAAGGUUUUGCAGCAUCGUGGGCGGAGAAGGACCAGGUGUGGGCGGAGCUGCAGAGGUGGUUGUGGGCAUUGGGAGGAAGAAAGAAGUUUUUUUUUUUUAAUUGAAGACAAAGUUAGGGUUUGAUAUGGGUAUUUUGGUCACUUUGUUAAUUUAAUCUUAACCAUUCAAUUUUUUAAAUAUUAUAUCAAUGGUGGAAAUUAAAUAGAUUUUCAGUGUCCCCAUUUUACUAAAGUUUUUUCCAUGGGGGCACCGGUGAACCCCAUAAAAUGGGUGACACCAUAGAUUUCUC